GACAGCAGGGCUCGACGAAGCCACUUGACAAACAGCUCCAAUGCUGCGCAUCCCAUGUGCCAUGAGACUGUGAAUUCGAGAGCUUGUUGGACGCCAUUGCUAGGUUGGAGGCUGCGGAAAAGCAAAACCCAAUAUGCGAGAGAUGGGCCAUGGCUUCGGAAUGCCCCGUUUGCGAUGGGACAGGAUUCCUCCUUGAAGACGUUUGUCCACUAUGUGAGGGAGAAGCGAGCGAUAGCGAAUCUUCUUGCCAUUGGUGUGAUAUUUGCCAGAAGGACUUGCAGAGCGCAAAGUCUUUCCAGGAGCAUUUGCAAGGUCGGAAGCACCUGGCCCGUGCAAGUGGAAGUCUCAAACGGAGGCCCACUGUCGCUCAACCGACCGAGCAGGAAUUCUUUCAGCGCUUGGUUUCGGGUGACUACCGACGCAUCGUCGUCCUCACCGGCGCCGGCGUCUCCACCUCCGCUGGAAUCCCCGACUUCCGCUCCAGCGGGGGGCUCUACGAGUCCAUCCGUGAGCACUUCGGCAGCCUGGUCCCUGCUGUGAUGGACUGCCCCGAGGAGUUGCUGAGUCGUCGCUUCGCCCAGCAAAACCCACAGCUUUGGGAACAGAAGGUUCUGCCUUGGCUUCGCUCAUGGAAGAUGGACGCUGCUCCAACUCUUUCGCACCACUUUGGAGCGUGGCUCUGGCAAAAGGGUUGGCUGCAGCGAAUCUAUACACAGAACGUGGAUGGCUUGCACCUGCAUCCAUCCUUGGAGCUUCCCCGAGAUGUGGUGGUUGAAUGUCAUGGAUCAAUGGCGGCUGGCCUCGUCCUCUACGGAGAUCCAUUGCCUCAGCAUUUCGAGGACUGUUGUUCUGAAGACUUCGAUAAGGUAGAUUUGGUGCUGGUCAUGGGCACCAGCCUGCAGGUGGCCCCCUUUUGUGGUUUGCCCAAUAUGGCUCCAAAGGGCGCAACUCGAGUGCUCGCAUGAGGAUGGCAACCACCACGCGGAUUGGUAAGCGGAAAGCCGUGCAACUGCGACCUUUAUGGUGGGACAGGAAAGGAUCUUCUCGCUGGACACAAGUCUUUGUGCAGUCGACCUGCGACUCGUUUGUUGAGAGCUUCUACCGUUUCAAAGCCGAAGCAAAUUGAAGCCUAUGAAUGCACGAUGAUUUAAGUCUCACAGUGUUUCUCAGGCUUGGGGCACUAUCAAUUAAGGGAUCAGAACCAGGUUCACCAUUGGUUUGAGGUCCUUCCUGUGGCAGAAGCACACCCAAAGCCACAUGGCCCCACAAUGGGGGACACCAGGGGCACCUGGCCUUUCUUCAUUUUGCCAGUUUUGAACACCUGCGGAACCUGGCCGCCGGUGAUUGUGCAGUGUACAGCAUGUCACCGCCUCCGCGUGCAAAA